CUCAUUUACCUUAAUCCCACCAAGAUCCCCUUGUCUGGAUUCCUCCUGGUCGGCGCUGGUCUCUCAACACUCAAACAGCGACACAAGUUCUCUUUCUCUUUCAAAGCUAACAAGGUGUUAACAAGGACUCAUAAAUAGUGUUAAUUCUGUUGGUAAAUUUGGUAGUAAGCAGAGACAGAGUGGGGAGAUGGUGAAGAAAAUUUUGGCUAAUGUCGAUGAUUGUUUGGGAAUUAAUUCCGUAUUAAAGGAAUUCUACAGCAUGUGGUUCUCCAAGGAUGAUUUCUGCGACGAUGAUGGUGGUGGAUGUUGGGAUUCACUCCGUCUUGUCAUGGAGGAAUUAGAAAUUCUGCGUCCACAUUUUGCUCUUCUGCCCGCACUUACUUAUGGUGCAGACCUACAGAGGGCUCAAAUCCUUUGCUCUCUCGUGGAUUUCAAAGCUGUACUCAAAAGGGCAACCUUGGAUCUCAGAAGAAUUUGCAAGAGAGGAAGAGCCGGCGGGACCAAGUGGAGGGUCAAGAACUUGUUGCGCGUGGUUCAAAUGUUUCAAGAUUCCAUGCCUCUUUUCAGGCCUAAUAUUGCUAGAGCUUUUGGCCAGAUUUCUCAACGUGCAGAGUCCCGCGUCCGCUGGACUCAUUUUUGUUACUGGAGCCAGUUCUUCAAUCCUCAUUUUAUUGAUAUGACCAUCAGUUUCUUGUGCCGGAGAAAGGAGGGCUUGCCGUUGUCCUUGAAGACUUGCUUGGAGGCACUCCCAAAAACCCACUUUUCCCUCGAUUUGUUUCUCAAUGAUGUACUGCCAACUUCGUUUGAUGGCAACAGUGAUUACUGCAACCUCCUCAAUCACAUUGGGGCUUUACUUGUUCAAGCCGCUUCUCAUCUGUAUUCCUGGUCAGUUAAUGAAAUGGAUCAGGACUUGGUUCAGCAGGAAACAGUUGUGAAUGAUCUGUUGAAGAGUUUGACCCCGACAACCCCAAGGGUGUUAGGCAUGUUUAUUAGAGUCCUCAGGAUUUCCAAAAUCUUGAAGUCUUGGGAAACUAUAGAAGCCGCUACCCACUUAGUAAAUUUUCUCAUCCCGGCUGAAACAGAACAAAUUUUGUCAUCAUCUGCUGCAACUAAAAUAUUUCAAAAGGCACUGAUAGGCCUAGUUUCAUUCCUCAUUGAUGCAUCGAUUUUCUCUAAGAAAGAGACAGACAUGUGCCAGGAGGUAUUAAAAGAAACUAUGAGUGUAGUUCGUGAGUUUGGAUCUCUUAGGCAUUUACUUUAUGCCAGUGAUGACAGAGUCUCCAAGCAAACCAGGCUAGCACUUUUCAAUUUGUUGCACAAAAUGGUCCUUCUGAACUUAGAGGUGCUUCUCUUGGAACUAGAGGCACUUAUAGAAUUUGAGCCACAACUAAAGGUGCAGAAGGACCAAGAAAGUGCCCAUCGUUUCAACCUCCUGCAGAAACACAAUGCAGUAUUAAAGAUCCCCGUGCAGGAUCAACUCUGUGUUCUUCAUGAGGGGUUGAGAUUCCUUAGAGCGUUUCUUCCAUAUGCACGCCAAUGUGAUCAAUUGAAGUAUCUUAAGCGAAUGGAAGCACUUUGGAUGCAUAUCGAAGAUCUCACUAGAGACGCCAGCCUCAUGUACGAUUCAUUUUGCCUGGCUUCAAUAACGCAGAAGGUGGCCAUGAGUGAGAUUCAUAAAUUGCAAUUGAAGGUCAAUUUUCUAAACAUAGAGGUAUUUUUCAUGGAGCUGCUGGAGACUAAAUCCAGCUUAUUUUCCCACCUUGAGGGGAAAGUUAAAGUAUUUUAUGAAGGGCUAGUAUUCAUCAGAACAUUCAUAAUGAGUCCCUUAGACGAGGAUGGGAUACUAAUCUUACCAGACAUCAAAGCACUGCUCAUUGAGGUUAAAUCUCUCUAUUACUCAUUUCAUGAACCGGGGAACCUGCUCCUGACAUUGGAGUGCAAGCUCUCCAGUUUGGUAGAAAUGAUAAUGAGCGUCAAAGCUGAUAUCACAGAGAGGUAUAAACGUAUUCGACUGACAUCUCAGUGUAAUUUUCCAAAUUAUAGUGGAUUAGAUUUUAUAGAUUUUAUUUUAGAAAACCUGAAGGAGCUGUUGGCUGGGAAAAUUCCCACUAUUGACUCUAUAAUGCAUCACGUGGAAGUUAUCCACAAUGAGAUGGAAGAUAUUUUGAAUUAUUUCCCCAGGAAUGUGGAAUGGCAGCAUGACGAGGGAUCAGAUUUGAAAAGUCUUGCGAGAGCCAUUAUAAGUGUUGCAUGCCAGGCAGAAUAUGUCAUUGAUACAUUCACGGUUAGUGGUGGUGCCGUCUGGUAUCAUGUAUUAUGGCUUUCUGAUCUGAUAGAAGAGCUCAAACUCCUUAAGGUUCAUGCUUUGGAGAUAUCCAAGAAAACACCUGAUCAGGCUGACACCAGCGUAAAAAAUGUUGGGCAGCCUUUAACAAAUGUGACAUCUGUAACUUCUGCCCCCUUUGUUGGUGAAAUUGUUGUUGAUCUGCAUGAUCAGGCUAAAUUGAUAAUUGAUAAACUCAUGGCAGGAUCAGCACAUCAAGAUGUUGUCUCCAUUGUUGGCAUGCCUGGUUUGGGAAAAACAACUUUAGCACAAAGAGUUUACAAUGAUCCUUCAGUUGUCCACCAUUUCCAUAUGCGUGCAUGGAGUUGUGUAUCUCAAAAUUAUCAGAAAAGAAAGUUGUUGCUUGACCUAUUGAGUAACCUGAUUGAGCUUAAUGAUGAUAUUCAUGAACUGACUGAUGAUGACUUAGAUUUCAAGUUGUACCAAUGCCUGAAGCAAAGAAGAUACCUCAUAGUUUUUGAUGAUUUGUGGAGCAUUCAGCCAUGGAAUGAUUUGCUACUUUCAUUACCUGAUGACAACAACGGAAGCAGAAUAUUGAUCACCUCUCGUCUCCCAGACGUGGCUUCGAAAGUUGCGCCUGGUAGCGUUCCUCAUCACCUUCGUCUACUUUCCGAGGAUGAAAGUUGGGAGCUGUUGCAGAAGAAGUUGUUUCAAUCCCAAGAUUGCCCUGAUGGACUAAUGGAAGUAGGAAAGGAAAUUGUGAGAAGCUGUAAAGGACUACCUCUAGCAAUUGUUGCGAUAUCUGGUCUCCUUCAAAGGACAGAGAAGACACAAGAUUGGUGGAAUCAAGUUGCAGAAAGCUUAACUGCAAAAAUUGUUGAUAGUGCGGAAACAAGGUGCAUGGACAUCCUAGAGCUGAGCUUCAAGCAUUUGCCAAAUCAUUUGAAGCCGUGUUUUCUAUAUGUUGGAGCCUUCUUGGCUGACCAAGAAAUUCCAGUUUGGAAGUUAAGAAGUUUAUGGAUAGCCGAGGGAUUCAUCAAAAAGACCUUUAUGAAGAGCUUGGAUGAUGUUGCAGAUGAAUACCUUAAAGAUCUAAUUGGUAGAAGCUUAGUUAUGGCUUCAAAAAGAAGUUCCAGAGGAGGCGUUAAAACAUGCCGUGUUCAUGAUCUGCUGCAUGCAAUGUGCUUGGCGAAGUGUAAAGAAGACAACUUCCUGUUGUCAGUUGAUGGAUAUGAUCAACAUUUUAGUUCUUCAUUUGAAGAUUUGGAUUACGGUGUUGAUUUGAGUUAUUCUUAUCCAGCAAGUUCGAUAACAUACAAAACAGCAAGGUUAUCCAUCUAUUCCAAGAGGAAUCAUUUUGUUAUGUUAAGGCCGUCAGGUGAACAACUUCGCUCCCUCCUUUUCUUUGCUUCCACUGAUACCUACCCAAGAUGUCCAUAUGAUAUCUCCUUCAUUCCACUCAAUUUCAAACUUCUUCGGGUUCUGGAUUUAGAAUGCAUCAAUUUGGGUAAUUCUUUUCCAACUAAUAUUGAAAAUUUGGUUCAUUUGAGGUUCUUGUCAGUUUGCGGUGAUAUAGACUCGAUUCCUGCAUCAGUUGCCAACCUUUGCAACCUUGAAACCUUAAUUGUGAAAGGAUUGAAAGGUAAGGUUGCACUACCAAAUGCAAUCUGGAGCAUGGUAAAGUUGAGGCAUAUUCAUGUGAAAAAUUAUGCUUGUAUGAGUUGGGAAGACUGUUGCUUUGGUGAUUUCUUUCGUUUUCCUCUGCAUAAUCUUAUUAGUCUUUCCAACCCAUAUCUUUAUGGAUGUGACACGGAGAAGAUCAUGAGGAUGUUGCCCAAACUUCAGAAACUCAGAUGUGUAUUUGCACAAUCACAGGAUGGUACUGGUGACAGCAAUGAGUUCUCAGGCCUGCAGUUUCUGAUGGAGCUUGAGUCACUCAAAGUGUAUUACUCUGGUAGGAUUGCUCAUUCAAGAAAUCUUCAGCUCCCCCUGAAUCUUAAGAAGCUAACUCUGGAGCAAUUUCGUUUACCUUGGGAUCGAAUUUCAGAAGUAGGAAAGCUGCCCAACCUGGAGGUUCUCAAAUUACUGUCUAGAUCUUUUGAGGGUAAAAUAUGGAACAUGAGUGAAGGGGAGUUUCUUAAACUCAAGUACUUAAAGCUUGAUAAUGUGAAUCUAGCCCAAUGGAACGCCUCCAGCGAUCACCUGCCUGAGCUUGAAAGGCUAGUGGUGCAAAAAUGCAGACAGCUGGAGGAAAUUCCCUCUGAUUUUGCGGCUAUUGAGACAUUGGAGGUGAUUGAUAUACAUUUCUGCCGACCUUCUAUUCAAGAAUCAGUUAAAACCCUUAUGGCAGAAAAACUCGAUUUUGGGCAUGAUGACUUCAAGGUCUUCAUUGAUGGUUCCAAUUGGACUUUUGACAUGUGUCCAUAGACCCUUGUUCAAGCAUUGCUUGCUGACCAAAAAUUUUUAUGACAAUUUCUUAGAAAGGUACUUGUUAUACUCUGCAAAUAUAAUCCUUCUACAUACAUUCUUUCUGAACAUGUCCAUUUUUAAUUAUUUUCAGAAAGUGCUUCAUUUUUUAAUAUCUCCGAUUGGAUAGCUACUUCUCAUAGUUAGUCUUCGUUGUCUUAAGUCUGCCUAGCAAGUAGGUGAGCAAACUAACUAAUGUGAUUACUUUUAAAAUGUGGUCACUUUUGCUGUUGGGCUAAUUUUCUUCCUGAUGGAGCAUAGAGAUGGAUAGUAAGUUCUUGUGUUUUAGCUUUAUAGGAACCUAGAGUUUUUCUUCUGUGGAAGAAUUGUUCGUGCUGCAACAUUUCAUUUUGCGGAAAGGCUUUGUAUUUCUGCAAUAUAGAUUUCUUAACUGCUCGAAUUAUCCAUUCGUUGUUCCUAAUUGUUCCCAAG